AUUUCAAAAUGGCGUUUAGAAGUGAUCAUGUACUAGUAGUUUUUAACUUACUAAUAAACAUAAUAUACUAUUGUAAUUCUGAAACAUACGCUUUUGACAACAAACUUGGUAUUUCAUACGAAUUUAAAGUUUCUGUUGAAGCUGGAAAAGAAGAGUGUUUUUUCCAAUGGAUUCCAGCAGGUGCCACGUUUUAUGUUGCUUUCCAGGUCAUGAGAGGAGGUGAUGGAAAUGCUGGGUUAUCUGUUAGAAACCCUAAUGGAGUGUUUGUUUUACCAUAUCAGUGGCGCUUUCAUGCAGAAUAUGAAGAUGCUUCUGUACCAGAUGAAGGUUACUACCAACUUUGCAUUGACAAUUCCUUGUCAAGAUUUGUUUCAAAGCUGGUAAGUUUGUACGUGAACUCCUUUAUAAGAGAUGAAUGGGACAAAUAUGUGAAAGAAUUGAAGAGUUUGGACAUUACUGUCACCAAUUUCACGGGAACUCUGAUGACUGUAGAUAAACACAUUGGUGAAAUGUUGAAAUACCAAGACUAUUCUCAAAAACGGAUGUCCCAAGACUGGUACCUGGUUGAUGGAAAUAACCGUUAUGUCCAGUACUGGUCACUUGCUCAGUGUAUAGUUAUUGCUGUAGCAUCAGCCAUACAAGUGUUCUUUGUUCGUAAGCUAUUUGAUAUAAAGAAUGUUACACCUACAGCCAAACCACGGGCCUAGUCACAAUGUUUAUACAGAUAAAUUAUAAAAAAUUUAUUUACUAAACCUAACAUGCUAUUCUAUUUUUGAAAUAUAAUUUACAAAUAUACAAAUUGAUCUAAUCAAUGAUUUUUAUAUAUAAUUCAUUAUAAGGACUUGGAAUUAAGAAGAGAGAAUUACUCAUUAUUUUGUAGCCCUUGUAUUUUAAGUGGGGCUAUUUAUUGCAUUUUCUGAGAUAAUUUUGUGGAUUAUUACCCCAAAUAUUUAAUGAAAGUGAUCUCAUGAAUAGUGAGAAAAUUCUUACAUUUUUUUGUGGGGCGUUCUUUUAGUGAGGUCUCAGCCAUUUUUCCAAAGAGUUUUUGUAAAUUAAAGUGAGGUCUGCUUUUUUAGUGAUUGGUUGGAAUUUUGUGAUGGGUAGAUCAUUACAUUUUUUUAUCAUAUAAUGAUGUGUUGAGAAAUGUAAUGUGCCUUUACAACAAGAUUAGAAAGUUUCAGUGUUUUUCUAGGUGUGUUAAAUGUGUUUUGUCACUAUUAACCAUAUUUAUGGUGAGGCUUUUUUUUGUAUCCCGAAAUACAGCAUUCCAUCUGUAUAAUUUUCUUUUCUUUUUUUUUUUUUCGAAGAAAGUGGUAAUUAAUUAAGAGAUAACAGUCUGUUUAAAUUUGUGUAAGCUAAUCUACAUGUUUGCAUCAUAACAUUCUGGAACAAAGUAUUCAGUUCAUGCAGUAAAUAUCUGUCUUUAUACUAUCUUAAUUCAGACUUACUUGUGCUUAUAAAGUUUUCUCAAAAUAAGUGUGCCUGUAGAAUAGCAAUAAAGUAAUUAAGCUUAAACGUAAUUACAUCAAAACCUGAUUGAUAAACUAUUCCUAGGGGUAAAUCCAUCAAUAAGUUCUGUUAUAAAUUUAUGUAUAAUGAUAUUUCAAAAUAAAAGUCCUCAACCAA